AUGGAUAACGAGUUCGCAGUUAAAUUGGUACGAAAACAAGAAUUAAACAAUAGCAACAUCAAAUCCUAUGAAAAUAAUGUUAGAAUGAGUUAUGGAUAUGAUAAUGAAAGAAAUCCACGUUAUAUUUUCAUUAUAGCUGAUAGCGAGUAUAUCUGGACACACACACUGCAAGAAUUAGAAUGGGUUACGAUAUCAUCAAUCGAUGGAGUAGCUACAAUUCGAUCAUUAUGUUCUACUGUCAUUAUUAUGUACGAUAAAACCAAUCAGACACUGGCUGAUUUCUUUGCUAGUCUGCAAGCAAUGCUUGUGCAUGAACCCAAAUUGACGUUGUCUGGGUCGGAUUUAUUACUAUCAAACAAAGGUCAUGCAGAAUCAUCAAUGAUCGAUGAGCUCAUAAAUGCAAUUAAUACAGGUGCUGUGGAUGAGGCUGAGCGUAUCGCACAAAAAGUAGCAACAUCUAAAGUCAAUGUUCAAUUUAGUUUGCUCAAUAAAAACGAUAAAGAAGAAACGAGAAAAACUGAAUCAAAGGCAGCUGAGAUUAAAAAGGAAUCUUCUGAUAAUAUUCUUGAGUUAACGCUUAGUAUUGAAUCUUUAAUGGAACAUGAUCCUUUAAUAGCGUCUAUCACUGUUAGUUCUGGCACAACACUACAAUCCUUAAAAGAACAAAUAGAAAAUCAAUCGGGUAUUAAAUCUAGUAAUCAAUAUUGGUUUGCAUUUAAACGAUAUCCGAUUCCGAAUGACUAUAUUUUCGGAUCUUCACUGCCAGUAGUUGCAAUUCAACAACAGCAGCCGUCAAUCAAUUAUAUUCGAUCUGGCGAUACACUAAUUUUGUAUAUUUCUCAAACACCUCUUUCACGCUAA